UAAACGAGAUUUUAUUUUGUGGGAUAGCUGUGUAUUUUGUUCUGUAUAGAAGAAUAAUGUGUGUUUUUUGUUGUUUUUAACAUGAUCUAAGGGACGUUGCGAAUAUCUUUUACAGCUAAGUUACAAGAUGAAUUCUAUUAGAAGAUGGUUAUAUCGACCAAAGAGGACAGAUACCUCGAUGUUAGCCCAGUUUUUCUAUGCCGAUGAGGACUUAAAUUUGGUUGCGGCAGAACUUGAUAGUUUUGAUGGAAGAAAGGAUCCUGAGAGAUGUUCUUUAUUGGUUAAUCAGCUGCGCUCGUGUCAAGACAGGGUACUCAAUAUAAUACAGCAAAUAAUGGAUGAAGCUAUACCUCAUCAAAGAGCAAGUAGAGAUUUUCGAGUAAAGUUCCCAGACGAUGUCAUACAGGAAAAUCUUUCUGGACAGCUUUGGUUUGGAGCAGAGUGUUUAGCAGCUGGUUCUAGUAUAAUGAAUAGAGAAAUAGAAAGUGCCAGUAUGAGACCAUUAGCCAGAGCAUUAACAAAGAACUUAGACAGUCUCAGAUCUGUUCUACGGGAACAGUGUCUGCGUAAUAUUAAUCAAUAUUCAGAAAGGAUAAGAGAAUCCUUGGUGAUAUUUGAUAAAUUGUUUGCUGAAUUUGAAUUGAGUUACGUAAGUGCAAUGGUACCAGUAAAGACUAUGAGAGAGUAUGAUAUGGUACAAGAAAUCACAGUUCUGUUUUCUGAAACGGUUCAGAGAGCUGUAAAAUUAGGUCAUUUGAGUGAAGAUAUGAUUAAUGAGUAUGAUCCAGCCUUAAUGUUUACAAUCCCAAGAUUAGCCAUUGUUUGUGGCCUACUAAUUCAUCAAGAUGGACCACUUAAUCCUGACAAUGGUUCUCUGGGUGUUUCGGAAAUGUUUCGUCCGUUUAUUACCUUACUUAUCAAAAUCAGAGAACUCUUGAUGACGCUUACUGAUGAAGAACUUGAUAGUUUAGAAAAAUCUUUAUGUAGUACAGAAGAUCAUUUUUUUCUAACAAGUGAUUCUGUAGGUAAUUCUUGUCAAACAGAUUUUGAUGGAGAAAAUCGUAUUUGUAGUUCCGUCAUCUCUUCCGAGAUUAGUUUUCAUGAUGCCCUAGAAAAUCCUUACACCUCUGUCGAUUCUCAAAGCAAUAGCAGUGAAGAGAGUGGCAACUUACACAAUGGUGGUGAGCAGAUUGCUACAACCAGCUCCUACGAUGAUAUACCGACAUCCACUCGAAUAGAAAAACAAGUUGACGAAUUGAACGAAACCCUCUCGGGUUCUUUGAAAAAAUGUGAUAGCAAUGAUUCAGGACUUCACAGUGAAAAUACAAGUAAUUCAGAGAGCCUUUACACUGUGUCCUCAAGUGACUCUCAAAAUACACUUAGCACUGCUGAAUUGUCUCCAUUAAGCGAAGGGGAAGCAACUCCAAUAGGGUUCAGUUUAGAGAAGGAAUUAACCAGUCCAGCCUGUGAUAAAUUAAAGGAAAGUAAGGCAGCAACUGAAGUGUUUAAUGAGAUCUUUACGGAAGAAAUCGGACAAUUGUGUGCAGAAAUACUUGAUGAAAUUCUAGAAUCUGUUUGCUCAAUUUGUCAAAAUGACAGUCAGUUUGUAUCAUAUGCUGAAGAAAACUGUGAAAUUUGCUCACGUGACAAUCAGUCUUCCGUGCCAAGUGUAACUGAGACUGAUACUGAUGGUGCCUGUAGAACAGUAAAUAGUGAUACCCAAUCUCACCGAUCAGAUUUAACCGAUUCUAUUUCGGGAAGCGAUAAUGAAUCUUCUUUGAAUAUUGAAAAUGACACGACAUACGUUGAGCCAGUUGUCGUACCCAAACCAGACGGUCAAACCAAAAAAUUUAAAUCAAAAAAUGGCCGACGACAGCGUCAAAACUCAAGUCCAUUUGAACGCUUAAAUAUUAACAGUAAAAGUGGUUCUAAUGAAAGUGACGAAAGGGUGUGCAAAACGUGUUUAACCGUACCCAGAAUACAAAGAUUAAGAUACACCGAGAGCUGGAAUUCUAAUUGUUCAACAUGUCAAAGUAGAGCUUCAAGUAUUGAAUAUGAGUGUGAUAAAGAAAGUUGUGCGAGUAGCGAUACCAGUUCCUAUACAUCUGAUUGUAAUGAUGAUGAAGAAAUAGCUUUAGCUGUCCAAGCUGCUGAAACAGCAUCUAGAAACGAAGCUAGAUCUAGAUUUAGAAGUAGUAGUGAUAUGAUUCACAGACUAUUUGUUUGUAUAUCAGGUGUGGCUGAUCAACUUCAAACCAACUUUGCUAGUGAUCUACGGAAUAUUUUACGAGCUGUUUUUGAUAUGAAUUGUUCCGAACCAUUGAUGAGUUUUGAUACAACAAGUAAAUCAGAAAUUAUUACACCACCAAGUAGUAAUGAUGCAGAAACUAGUAUCAACCGACAACCACGUACAACUAGUUCUAGACGUAUAAACCACUACAGACGACGAAGGCGAAUGCAAGAUCCCCCAAGAUGGAUGCCAGAUGAUCUCAGUUUACAUUGUCUUGCAUGUAAAAUUCCCUUCACGUUUGUUAGACGAAGACACCAUUGUAGAAAUUGUGGUAAAAUUUUCUGUGGACGUUGUUCUGCUAAUUCAGUGCCUUUACCCCACUUUGGUCAUAUAAAGCCUGUGCGUGUUUGUAAUAGAUGUUUUAUGUUUCAAGUUACCCCGUUCACUGUACAAAGCACAUCGUCGUAGUAACAUUGUAUACCUUGACGAUGACAAAUCAAAGAAGACCACGCUUUAAACUGUAAGGUCGCAACAAUGGAACUUUUAUUCAAUUACCCACAUAUAUUUGAUACAAAUUGUUUAUCUUUUAACAUUUUAAUUGUUUCUUUUAAUGUUAUUUUGAUAAGUUCUUUCUUGUUUUAUAGAAAUCAGUAAUGUUGUACUUCUAAUUUAAGUAUUGUUUAUGCUUUUUUUAAUUUAAAUUGUGUAACAAUCGCUGUCAUUAAUGAAGCCUUUACAUAUCAUUAUGCUGUGAUAAAUGAUGUAAAUAUGAAGAAGACUAUAAUAUUAUAUAAACACUAGAUUCUAGUGCUCGGUUAGUGCUUUAUGUAUAGUUAUCUUAACUUAAUAUAUUGUAUUUAUUACUAUUGUUAACUGUUAAUUAAUUUUGAAUAUGGUCAAUACAGAUUUACAUAUUUUCUGAUGACCAAUUCAUAGGCCACAUCCAUUAGAAAUAUUGAUUACCAUACAUUUUCGUAAUUGGAACAUUAUAACAGAAAACCAAAACAUUAAUUUAUUUGCAAUUUAAAAUUUGGAUUUUUUUUGCAAUGGACACAAAAAAAAGUAAAAAUUAUCUUGAAAUUAAUUCUGUACAUUUUUACUCUGAGAAAUGUUGUGAAAUAAAUAAAUUAUAUAAGUUUAAGUAAGCCAUCGUCCAUUUAUUAUUAUAAUUAUUGUGCAAUGUUUUUUUUUUAUGUUAGAUAUUUUAAUAAAUUGUGUUUUUGUGACAAAUUUAAAAGGACAAUUUUUAGAACGUACAAAUCAUGCCUUAUAUAGUAUAUAUUGUUCAUGUAUGUCAGUGAUUUUCUUAUAUAUGUUUUCUAAAGCUUUGUGUAAAAUAGCCAAUGUUCAAUUUUAAUAAAUAAAAACAAUAUAUUUUUAAAAUCGACACCUUUAAAAUAACAGUGCAUUUAAAGAGAGUAUUAGAGAUAGAUUGUUUUAAAAAUAUAAAAAUAAGCUCAUACUGAGUCAUGUACUGUUACAAUGGCAUUUAGUUAUUAAACUGGAUAUACACUGGACAUAAGUCUAUGGAAUACAGUACAUUAAUUAUUAUUUAUUACUAAGCAACAUUUCAAUCCAAAUUCUCUGGUGUUUAUCAAGCAUUAUAUCGCUCAGUAAUAAACAGUAAUUGUAUUCCGUAGAAUUGUCCCAGCUGAGGAUUGUGUUUGAAAUAUUGUUUUAUCACUAAGAAUUAGUCUAUUAAACCUUUUUUUGGGGAAAAAUAACAUACACAGAUCAACUUUUUAAUAUCCUAAUUGCAAACAUUGAUUCUUUAUUUUACUUGAACUCUUAGAGUUAUAUCCCUUUGUAUGUGUUCUAUAAAUUGAUACAGACUUGAGUAACAGUAUUACUGUUAAUAUUUAAAUAUUUUCCUUUUGCCAAAAUAUGCUUAAUUGCUUCUAAAAGGAAAAUAUAUGAAACAGUAACUAAAAAUUAGGCAUCAAGGAAAAAGAGAAAUUCACUCAAUAAAAUAUUACAAGUAUCUGGAUGAUUUUAUGAUUCAAUAUUUAACCACAUGGCAAGGAUUCAUCACGCAAGAUAUAUCACACAAAUAACAUUUAUCACACAAGUAACAUCUUAAUCACAAAUGACACACACCACACACAUAAUGGGAAUUAAAUUAUAUAAGUAAAAUAGAAUUAACAUAUGGAUUUUAUUCUAGAUUAAGAGCUACUGUUUAUCUGAGUAUUACGAUUUCUUCUAUUUUGAAUUGAUGUGUGUGACAUGUUAAAUAUAUAUUUCAUGAAUGUUUCAGAUCGUUUUUUUAUUUGUUUUUUUUUGUCAUAGGGUACAUGAGAGGUCAGAUAUUUGUCAUAUAGUCAAUCGCUAGUGAAAGCAGUAUAUCUUAUACUAUUAUUGAUCUAAAUUACAAUUAAAUAAAAUUCUAAAGUUUGAUAUAUGCCCACAUAGAAAUUUGGUUAUAUAUUAUCGUCACAUUGUCCGUCGUACAGCGUCAGUACAAAAGUUACCCAAGUUAUCACUCAAUUUGAAAUUGAUAGACAGGUUUUUUGUUCACAAUACAAGCCUAAUUUCUGUCAGUUCUAGCAAGAACUAGCAGCCUAUAAAACUUCAAUUAUUUCUGGUAAUUAUUUCUUGUGUUGUUGUCCUUGAUCAGUUUUUAGUGUACUGUAAAUAAAUGCUCACAUUACCUAUAAAAUAAACAUGUGACUGCCCCUCAAAUGACUUGGCUGCUUGUGGGCACAUGUUUUGUUGCAUCGCAACCUAUUUUUAUGAUAAUUAUUUUGAAAUAAAUAUUUGUUUACUUGUUAUAUGAAAAUCCUGAAAAAUAGCUGUAGGCUUAUUAUAAAUCUUGUGCUUGUAUGAAAUAGAUAAAACAAAUCAGUUUCUGUACUAAUCUCUUACAGUGUAUAAUACUUUUAUACUGGCUAACAUAAGAUUUGUAUAUUGGACAAAAAGAUAAUAAAAUGUUUAUAAUGAA